AUGGCUCACUCCGCUCACCCCUCUGGCUGGAGGGAGAUGACAAACGGAGGGGGGCACCCCCAUUCCCACAAUGGAGGCCAGACCGGGGGUUCCCACAGCACCACACGCUACAUGCUGAAGAAACAGCACCGCCACAGACGCAGGUCCUCCUCCCCGAUGGGCAGGGUCAUUCUCAUAAACGCCCCUGUUGAUGGAGGAGAUGACUGUGAAGACAUUCACACAGUGACCGUAGAUAAGAGUCCCGAUGGGCGUCUGGGUUUCAGUGUCCGUGGAGGCUCUGAACAUGGGCUUGGCAUAUUUGUCAGCAAGGUGGAGGACGACAGCUCUGCAGCACAGGCUGGGCUGACUGUGGGCGAUAAGCUGGUGGAGGUGAACGGGGUCAGCCUGGAGAGCAUCACCAUGAGCAGCGCUGUGAAGGUCCUGACAGGAAACAACAGGCUUAGAAUGGUGGUGAGACGGGUGGGCAAGAUCCCUGGCAUCCGCUACUCCAAGGAGAAGACCACAUGGGUGGAUCUGAUUCACCGGCGGAUGGUAGUUGAGGAGAGCGGUCAGACACCAUCAGAGGCCAGUUCAGACAGUGCUCUCCGCAGGAUUGUACAUCUCUUCACCACGUCAGAUGACUACUGUUUGGGCUUCAACAUCAGAGGAGGCAAAGAGUUCGGACUGGGGAUUUAUGUUUCUAAGCUGGACCCAGGUGGGCUCGCAGAACAGCAUGGCAUCAAGAUGGGCGAUCAAAUCCUUGCAGCCAAUGGGGUGAGCUUUGACAACAUCACCCACAGCAAUGCAGUCGAGGUCCUGAAGAGCCACACCCAUGUGAUGCUGACCAUUAGGGAAGCUGGGAGAUAUCCUGCUUACAAGGAGAUGGUGGCAGAAUACGGCUGGCUCGACAAGUUGGCCAAUGGGGGCCCUGCUCCAUCCUCCCAGGGUUCAGACUCCAACUCCUCUGCGUCCUCGCUGUCCUCCAGCACCCCUCUCAGCUCCCUCAGUGGUCUCUCCCAGGUCCUUUUCCCUCCUGUCUUUGGCACAGAGAUGGUAGACGUUGCCAUCUCCACAGAGGACCGCUCUCGACGUCCAAGCAGCACAGAGCGAACUGCUGACACCGCCAUACAGACUGACCCCCACCCUCCAAUCUCCGUGGACAACUCCUCUACCCACAAUGGGUCUUACCCUGACAGGCUGGUUGCCACAGAAACCAGUCGGACUGUAGGUGCCACAGUGCUGCUGAAGGACACAGUCAUACGGCGGGGACGGACGAGGACGCUGUCAACUGGGGACCAGGAAGUUGUGAAACACUCACCUAAGACAGCAGCGCUGAUGGCUCUGAGCAGACCAAGGAAACCCAUCAGACGUUCCCAGAGCCACAUCACUGUGUCAGAGGACCGACAGAAGAAGAAGAGGCAGCAGAAGGAGAAGAGCUCGGCAGGGGGUAAAACUAGCCUGCAGCGCUCCAAAACCUUUGUCAACCUGUUAUUUAAGAAGGACCGUAAAGAGAAGAGCAGCUCUAAGUCACAAUCCCACCACGCUGACAAAGAUAAGGAGAGGGGUCGAACUUUCCAGCUCUUGACCUCCCCGAGGGAAUCCCGCGCUGGGGUUAGAAGCAACAGCCCGCAGCCCCGACCCGAGACCCUGCAGUACAUGGAGGACAUGGCAAAGAAACUGCUCAGCCAGGAUGAGGUGGCUGCUGUGAUGAGACACUGUCAGCGGUUUUUGUCUGACAAUGUGAUUGAGGAUUUAGUACGUCCCCUUUUGGCAAUUUUGGACAGGCCAGAAAAACUGCUGCUUCUCAGAGAAAUAAGAAUGCUGAUACCUACGACUGAGUUGGGCCGGUUUGACAGCAUGGUCAUGCCCUUUGAGCUGGAGGCGUAUGACAUUCUCAAGAGUCGCUCCAUGCGUUCACCAGCUCUGCGCUCCCCUCGCAGUGGAACCCCUCGACGUCACCUCAUCACCCCAAUCCCAGAAUACAGGGGUGGGUUCCACCUCCAGCCGGUCCAUGACACACUGCGGGAGCGUCAGUUGAUUGAGGAGCUGGAGAGAUUGCGUUUGUCUGGAAAGCAGUCAUGCCAUCUGCCUCCAUCCCGUGCCUUCACUCCCUUGCUGGAUGUACCUGUGGACAGCUACUUCUCCUCCACUGUGCGCUCCCGUUCCCUGAGCCCCUCACCCACCCACAGCUUCCUCCUCACAGAAUCACCACACAGCACCCAACGUGGGCGACAACCCCAUCGCUCCCCAAACAGAAGAGAGAACGGGGACGAGGUCUCCUUAUUGUCCGUGUCUGACCGAGGAGAUGUGGCUCCUGAACGAGGGAGGUCACCUGUGAGGAACGGCCGUGGGCGAGUGAGGAGGGAGGCGAGUCCUGACAGUGUAGAUGGCAGACGGAGCAGGCAGGAGGGCUUCACAGAGGUCAGCGUACGUGUUCCUUCACAGCAGGGAGGGAGAACUCCACUGGCUGAUGUAUUUGAGCCCUCAACAGACAAAAGCCCCUCCACAGGCAGAGGGAGCAGUCAGCAGGAAUAUGAAAUUGCCACUUUGACCAUUUCAAAGGCCAAGCAGUCACUGGGUAUAAGUAUCUCUGGAGGCAUGGAGUCAAGGGUCCAGCCCAUGAUAAAGAUUGAGAAAAUCUUCCCAGGAGGAGCUGCAUCUACAAAUGAGGCUCUGAGGGCAGGGUAUGAGCUGUUGUCCGUGGACGGUGAGAGUCUGCAGGGAGUGACACAUCAGCACGCAGUAGAUGUAAUCCGCCGCGCAUUCAGCAAUAAGGCAAAAGACCCGAUGGUUUUUGUGGUCAAGGUCCCUACCACCCCUCACCAGCCCCAGGGGACCUGCUGA